CAGGCGGCGGGAUCUCGCUCUCUUUUACCGCCAUCCGAGCGGAGUCUCUUUCUUCCCUGGGACCGCUUCACUACACAGCGCCACCUAAAUCUGUCCAUCCACGGGCCACAGAGAGUGAAGCAUUACUUGAGACUCAGCUAAAAUGGCAGACCUCGACAAUAAAGACCAGGCUGAGAUUGACCCUGCAGAUAUGGAGGACGUGGAGGAUGUGGAAGAAGAGGAGACGGGAGAAGAUGAAAACAGCAAAGCUCGUCAGCUGACCGUACAGAUGAUGCAGAAUCCACAAAUCCUGGCUGCGCUGCAGGAGAGGUUGGAUGGUCUGAACGGCUCACCGUCGGGGUACAUUGAGAGUUUACCCAAGGUUGUAAAGAGACGUAUAAAUGCCCUGAAGAACCUGCAGGUCAAAUGUGCCCACAUCGAAGCAAAGUUCUAUGAAGAAGUACAUGAACUGGAAAGGAAGUAUGCAGCUCUUUACCAGCCCCUGUUUGACAAAAGAAGCAAUAUCGUGAAAGCAGCCUAUGAGCCCACAGAUGAGGAAUGUGAAUGGAAGGAAAAUGACGAGGAAGAGUUGACAGAUGAAAUGAAGGAGAAGGCCAAGCUAGAGGAAGAGAAGAAGGACGAGGAGAAGGAAGACCCGAAAGGCAUCCCUGAUUUCUGGUUAACAGUUUUCAGAAAUGUGGACCUGCUCAGUGACAUGCUGCAGGACCAUGAUGAACCCAUCCUUAAACAUUUACAAGAUAUUAAAGUAAAGUUCUCAGAUCCAGGACAGCCCAUGAGCUUCACGUUAGAGUUCCUCUUUGAGGCCAAUGACUUCUUUACAAACACAGUGUUGACGAAAACCUACAAGAUGAGGUCAGAGCCUGACGAGAGCGACCCCUUCUCUUUUGACGGCCCAGAGAUCAUGAGCUGCGCAGGCUGCACGAUUGAUUGGACAAAGGGCAAGAACGUCACGUUGAAAACGAUUAAGAAGAAACAGAAGCACAAGGGUCGCGGCACAGUCAGGACAGUCACCAAAACAGUCCCCAAUGACUCCUUCUUUAACUUCUUCACCCCUCCAGAAGUCCCAGAAAGUGGAGAGUUGGACGAGGACUCUGAGGCAGUUCUAGCUGCUGACUUUGAAAUCGGUCACUUCAUCCGCGAACGCAUCGUACCUCGAGCUGUGCUCUACUUUACAGGAGAGGCCAUAGAGGAUGAUGAUGACGAUUAUGAUGAAGAAGGAGAGGAGGCAGACGAUGAGGAAGGUGAGGAGGAGGCUGAUGAGGAAAACGACCCCGACUAUGAUCCCAAGGUUUAAUGGUGACAGUAGAAAAAUAACCCUAUCCUGAAGGAUGCAGCCCCCCCAGCUGAGUGUAAGCAGCAGUGAAGCCUGGCCUGGCUGUCUUGAGGAUCAACUGCACUGUAAUGGCUUCUCAAAUAAUAAUAAAAAAAAAAUCUAUAAAAAAAAUCCUAAAAAAUAAGGAGAAAAAGUUUAAAAUAGUUACUUACCGCCUUAUAAUGUUUUGUAUUUUUCUUGGUAGAGAAUUUGAAGAAAAAAGGUUUCAAGAUUUUUGUUACAAAAAAUUCAUGGUAAUAUUCUGGGAGCUGUGACUCAAUAUACAUAUUUUACUAGACCUGUCUUUUCCUUCUCUUCCUCCUCCUCCUCUGUAAAAUAGAUGCAGGAAACAAAUCUCCCUCAAAGCAUGAACGUGUUUCUUCACUGCUAAACUAGUUUGGGUUCUCGUGAAGUCUUUUGUUGUAUUUGCUCUUAGACAACAGCUGUGGUUUGGACUGCCUCACUGUAACGUCAAUUUAUAAAUAACCUCCCCCCACCUCCCCUUCCUCUUUUUGCUCCUAACGAAGUUCCAGGUUAAUUUCUGACUUCUUUUGACGAGCAUUUAGCACUUGUAAAAGCACUGUAGCAUUUCCAGCUGUGGAGAUGGAGGACAGAUGCGUGACUGGAGCUCGGUGUCCAUUCCAGUUAAUCUAAAUCUUGCUUAGCAUAGGAUCUGGAUUCCGGUUUUCUGGCCACUUCCUGCACCAUUUGUGCUCAACAGCUCUCCACUCUUGAUACAUUCCAGUAAGCAGUCUGGCUGGCACCAUCCGUGUACUGCUCUCAAAAGAAGUCUGCUUCUUUUUAACUGGACUGAUUCGUCUUAAACCGAUCAAAAGUCAAGACCACUUCAUUAUGUAUCGAGUCGUUCCCAGAGUUUAGUGCAGCCUGGUCGAGUCUCUUAAACAUUCCAGAGAAUUCUUCAGAUGAGGAAAAGGCAUGAGACAUUUUGGCAGGAUGACAAGUUCAGAAGUCGUAGCUCCAGUAUUCCAGUGCUUCAGGCUCCUUGUAGGCUCACAGCGGCGUGGCUGUCGUCUCUAUAGCACUUUGUACUAGUGUGUGGUGUGCCACUGGCGUCCUAUCAUAGGUUAUGUGUCCAAGUAUUGUGAACAGCACUUUGAUGCCUGUACGUGGAACCCCACUCUGUGGAUGCUUCAACUCGUGCUAUCUUGUUUUCAGUGCGUUGCCUUUCUUGGUGAGGGAGGCACACUGUUCAGAGAAGAUCAGUCAGAUGUAGCACGGCAAAGUAACGUUUCGCCUCAUCGGUCCUUGUGUCUAUAGUCAGGUUUCACCAACUCUCCCAUCCUCUCUCUUCAUUUCACGACAUUUACCUCAUGUCGCCAAUUAGUGAGUUGUCCGGUGGCUUGUGGACCCACGGUGUCGUCCCCGAGGUCUUUGCUCCGUUUUAUCACUGUGAAAGGGCAGGAAAAUGUGACUAGGCCAUUAUAUGGUAAACUACCCACCUUCCUCACUGACACCCGCCAUCCUUUUGUUGCCCAGAAGGCCACAGAGAAGCAUUUCAGAGCAAUAUUUAAGGUUAGGAGGGAGUGGCCAAGAAGAAACUGUAGCCUGCCUCCUUCCCAGUCCAUUCUUCUGCGUUUUAGUUGUUAAAACAGCCAAAGUGUUGGUUGUUGGGCAGUGUUGUGUCCACUGUGGAGAGCCAGGGUACUUCUCAUUCUGCAGGGAGUAUUCAAAUCCUGUUCCCCAGGAAAGGAUGUGACAGGGUUCUGUAGGGUCCCUCUGAGCAGCUGUUGUCAAGGCAAAACGCUAUGCUACAAAAAUACUAAUGUACUCAAUAACUGUAAGUGUAUGUUCCUGAAUAAAUUGGGUAAACAUCUAA